AUGUUAUACUUUAUAUUGUUAGCAAUAGCAGUGUCAAAGGAUGCCAAGUAGGAUGUCAACUUAACAAUAGGCUUAGAUUUCUCAGACAACUCCUACCUGGACUUCUAUGGCAACUUUUCAAAGCACUACGAAGAAUUUCAUCAGAAUGGAUGUAAUAUUAUAGAUAAUCAUUUAAUCUUAGUGAAAGUGAAUAUUGUUCAACAUCUCUUGCCAUGCUAUAGUUGUUACAAGCGUCAUUAAUUCAAACAGCCUGAAAAAAAUUGUUUAGGAGGAGGCAGAUAUUGCUGUAUUAUUAUUUAACUUAAAUAUAGAGUAUUCUGAUUAUGUAUCAGGUUAAGCCAUAUUAAAAGAGCUAUUGCGUCAAUAAUGUGUGUUGUAAGUCUUGCCAAAUCAUUAUUUCAAUUAUUCAUUUUACUUCGGAUAUUAAUGUAAGAAAUCAACAAUGGUUAAUUGUGCUUAGACUUAUUUCACUAAUAAUAAUAUAUCAACCGAAGCUAUAGACAAAUGUGUUGAGAAUAGUUUUGAGGAAGAUGAGGAGGUAAAUUAGGAAAUUAAAACAAAUAAAAUAUUGGAGCAAUACAAAGAAUUGUAAUAUAAUCAAACUUCUUUUUCUGUAUAUUUGGAUUCUAUUGAUAAAACUAAUAGUUCUUAUGAUGAAUUUCUAUCAACGGUGUGCUCAAAGUAUAUUAAUGUUUCGAUAUCGAUUUGCACGAACACUGAAAAACCUGGUAAGUAGACAGAUAACACGAAUACUUUGGAGUAAGUGUUUUUAUUUGUCUUUGGUUUGAUUAUUUUGAUUAUAACAGCAUCUGGAGGUUGGACAUUAUUGAGUAAGAUUCAAUUCGGAUCGAGUUUAGUUCCAAAAAGUAGAAUAGCUAUUCCUAAAUUAGAGGGGGAUCACAUCAUCUAGGAGGAUGACAUUUGA